CAUUUGGCGUCAUUCGUCCUCAUUGUGAUUUGCUUUUUCUACAAUACUAAUAAGGAGCAGAAGUUCUGGUGAUAAAUUUAUCAUUCAUGGCGAUACAACAAGAACAGAAUGAAGAAAGCCAGUGAUGAAUUCAGCAAACAUUGAAUUGCUCAAGCGAAGCAGCUAUAGCAUGAAGCAUUUGGUUUUCAGGUGCUUCAUUUUGGUAUUUUCUAUAUUUGUACUUAGGAUCGUCAUAUCUUCAUUCCCCAGUUCCAGUUUGCUUACAUGGAGGACCUCCAAUUGGAUCGGCAUCACUGCUGCUUCUAACUUGCAAAAUUCAAUCAGGAGAGACAAAUUCCUGGAAGUUCCUCAGAUCAUUUGGGGGUUGAACAAUCAGAAAAUUGCACUAGCCAGGGCAUGCUUAACGGCGAGAUUCUUAAACAGAACCCUUCUGAUGCCUAGCUUGAGUGCAUCUCUAUUCUACAAAGAGGUUGAUUUGCUUGAACCUAUGGCAUUUGAUAAGUUAUUCAAUUUUGAAAAAUUCAAUGAUCGAUGUAAUGGAUUUGUGCGGUUGGGAAGCUAUUCUGAUCUUGUGAACAAGAGCAAACCAUAUGAGGUCCUUAAAGGUAGUGGUAGGAAGUGGACAAAGGAAAGGGAUCUAAAUCAGUUGACACAAUGCAGGAAUGAGUCAUUUGAUUACAUUGAAGUUAUUCGGAUCUCUGGGAAAAAUCCUUUCCUUUGGCACGACCAUUGGCCAGCCAAGGAUUAUGCAAAGUUAUUUGAAUGUCUUAUAGUGGUUGAUGAGAUAGAGAAGGAAGUGGCUAAGGUGAUAUCAAAGAUUAAAGACGUAGGUAGAGAGGUGAGGCACAAUUCUAAUGCUCCGCCGAAGAAUGUGAGUUUAGAUGGCUGGCAAGAUCACCAUGUCCCAUACAUGGCUGUUCAUAUGAGGAUCGAGAAAGACUGGAUGAUUCAUUGCAAGAACGUAGAGCAGAGAUUGAACAUAAACCAGAUUUGUAGUAGCAAGGAUGAAAUAAUUGAAAGAGUGUCGCACAUUACCACUAUACAGCAGCCUAUAGUGGUUUACCUUGCAGUUGCCGAUGCCCUUCUAGAGGACGAUUCAAUACUAAGCGGAUGGAAAGAUGGUUUUGUUCCUUUUGAGAAAAAAAGUCUGGCAAUUAAGGAUGUAUACGAUAAGCACCCUUACCUUAUACAGUCUGCAAUUGACUAUGAGGUUUGCUCUCGAGCAGACAUUUUUGUUGGAAACAGCUUCUCUACAUUUUCCAGCCUUGUAGCACUAUCUCGGACAAUGAAGUCGAUUGGAAUGGGGUUCACAAACUCAUGCUCGACAGAAGUUGGGUAUUCAUCGUAUGCAUACAACAUCGCAGAACAGCACGGUGGCGCUAAAAUGUGGAUGACCAAUAUGUCUGCCCCAAGUCUCUCCAGCAUAAGUUAUGGGACUAAUAGCAUAUCAUGUUACAGUUACUGGAACACAUAAGUUAAGGCAGCAUUCCUUUAUUCUAUAGGAUGCGGCUGUUGCUAAAUAGAUGCCGUGACCGCAUUCAGGAAGAUUCUUCACUUCGCAAAGUCUAACUGGUGAUUCAAAACUGACUGACUUCUCAAUUGGUACAAGAUUUCUUGUUCAGCAUCUUUUAUACACGUUGUAACAUAAUUUAACACCCAUUUUUUUUUUGAAAGAUGAAAAAAAUUGACU